CAGAACAAAAGUAUAAACAAAGGUUACAAGUGUCUUCAUGGUCUUCAUUCCUUUCAGAAUCGCUUAACGAGGAAAAAAUUUAGGCAUUUGUUAAAACAAAUAAAAAAGUAUUGUGAUAAAACUAUUGUGAUAAGACGAGAUUAACGAUGGAUACAAAGGAUUCGCGUUCUAAAAUUUUCAUCAAUCCAGAGUUCAAAAAGGCACACAUCAAUCCUAACUUCCUGACAAAGAACCUUCCGUUGCCAGCACCCACCGAAGCAAAAUUUGCGGCUACUGCCAUGCCUAGCAUUCAUUUUAAUCCUGCAUUUCUAGAAAAAUUGAGCUUGCAGAGACAUCAUGGACAAAACGUUUCACAGGAAAAGGCACCACCUGUAAUAUCUCAUCAAUCAAAUCCAAUAAUCAAACACACCCAACGAAAAAUUGUGCGGGCUUCUGCGGCUCCUCCCACGACGGGGGUACUACGCACCACCCCUCUGGUUGCUCCACUGGUAAAAGUAAGCCGGAAUAAACUAGUUCGGUCAGUUGCUACUCCAAUAGCUCCCACCGUCGCUGUCCAGCCAAUCAAAUCAGUAGAAGCACGAAUAGUCCAGAAACGUUUCAAAUUGAUAAACGGAGGUAGUAAGCAAUUGUACAAGUUAGAUCGACGACCAGUUCCGGCUCUUCGAACAGCUAUGAAACCGAACAAAUCUUCCAUACGAAGGUUUUCACUGGUAAGGAGCAACUCGAUUAGUCCACAGAAGGUAAUCGUUACCGACCGGAGGCUUUUGAAAUUGAGCCGUAAUAAAUCUCCAUUGAAGGGUGUAGCUGGCGGAACGUCCCGAAAUGUUGCGUUUAGUUCCCAGAACAAAAAGUUGGUGAUGAUAAAUAUAAACGGAGUUCUUUAUCGUUCGUCAUCUAAUAAGUUGCAAGUGUCUACAACACGGCCUGCAAUCAACACAUCGCCUUUCAAGUUACCGACCACUCAGAAUGACAGCAGACAGCGUUUCCUAUCGAUACGUGGCACUAGGUUUAUGCUGGAUCCAAGUGGAACCAAGUUAAGGAAAAUACAUUCGGCAGAGUUCGAUCAACCACAUCCAGCAAAACUGCGUCGUAUCGACAUUGGUGGGCUGACAUACAUGCCGAAAACGGACGGAACUUUUGUACGGACAGAAACUCAUAGGACCAGAUCAUAUCUGAGCUCUACUAAACAAAAAAGCAUCCAAAUGUUGACGAGUAACAAACGGAAAUGUAAUAUUCCUUGUCCUAUUUAUCGUCGUUUAGGAAAAUGCACUGCGUUUUCUCGAGGAAAGUGUCCAAAAUUGCAUGACAAGAAUCAAAUAAUAAUUUGUUCCAAAUUCCUCAAAGGCGAGUGUUCCAACAAUGAAUGCCUUCUGUCACACAACGUGUCACUGGAAAAGAUGCCGGUUUGCCACUUCUUUUUGGAGGGUCGUUGUACGAAAAAUGAUUGUCCAUAUUUGCACAAGAAAGUCAGUGAAAAGGAACGCAUUUGUGAGGAAUUCCUGAAAGGCUAUUGUUCACUUGCCGACAAGUGCAUGAAACGCCAUGAGUUCAUUUGUCCUGAACUGGUUCGGCUAGGAGUAUGUGAUCGAACCAACUGUCCUUAUCCCCAUAGUCGCAGAAGCGACAAGAAAAAGCUAUUCGUUGCUAUCGACAAGAAAGAGGACUCCAUUAAAACUAUUCCAGUGCAAACAGAACACCGUGCUCUACCCGUUUCCUCACAACGGUACUACAUUCACAAUGCUCCUGAACACAUCUCAGAAGACGAGUCAAAACUAUCCCAAGCCCAGACAGCACAACUCAGAGGCAUGCUUUCGAAAGUUGAGAAGAUGAAGCAAGGGCAUCUUGACGAUCCGGAUACGGCUCAACAGGAUGCGCUCACCAGGAAGAACGAUGAAGAAAUUGAUAUUAGCAGUUGCGAUGAGGACGAUGACAGUGGAAAUGAGGGCUCGGGACCACCGAUUCUGAGAAGACCACAGUUAGGAGCUCUACCCUCGUAUAUUCCGCUUUAGAUUCACAAUUGUUAAAACUACUUUGCUUGAUAUUGUUUACAGAAUGUAAUUAAAAUUUGACUCCAAUGAUUAUCUUCCGGUCAGAGAGGUCGACAGAUAACUUUUAUGUUUCUAUCAGAUUCGUUUAAAGGAUAUUCUACAUAUAAGCUAGAACAUUUUAGUCAUAUUGUAGAUAAUUAAGUUUUUUAAUUCGGCCUGCAGUUAGUGUGUUUUUCUCAGAUAUAUAAUUGGCAUUCACUUAAUCAAAAUGUAAAAUACGUUAAAAAUUCAUCAUAUAAUGAAGAGAGACAAAUUGAAAAAGUA